AUGACCCCUCAACCGAAGAAUCGCGCAGCAAUGAAAGGCCCUUCGAAGAUCCAGGCGGACGCUAUCUACUUGCGCAACCAAGUCGAGUCGCCCUUCCUCCGUUUGCCCGGCGAGAUCCGCAACAGGAUCUAUGAAUUCGCUCUCACCGCCAGCCGCAUCCAAGUUCGUAAGAGGUACAUCCUCCCGCCCAACCGCACGAUAUAUCUCUAUUUCGACACUUGCAAAACUAUCAAAAUGAAUGAUAAUCGCCCGUCGAACAACGUCAACCUGCUGCUUGGCAUUACCGCCACCUGCCGCCAGGUCCAUGCUGAGGCCGCACUUCUACCAUACACGCUCAACACCUUCGCGAUCGACCCCGCAGCCUUGGGGGAGUUGAUUAAGAUCCUCCCCGACCAUGCGAAAGAUGCGAUUAAGGUUGUUAGAUUAGCGCUUUCCUGGGAGUCCCUGCUUGCGGGAUAUCGCGUUAAGGGACUCGAGCAUCUAGUGAAGCUGACAAGCUUGGAGAAGAUCAUUUUACCCAUCAAGGGGAUUCCAGCGCAAUUUUAUCCCAACAUGAAGGAAAUAGAGCACACAGCUCAGUGUAUUGAGAUUGUGGAGCCUUAGAAUGGGACUGAGGACAAGGUUUAUUGCCUUUCGAGAUUAGGCGCAACCAGGGAUCGAAGCGAAGACGAGGUGCAAAAGAUGUGGGUAUAAUAAUCCCAUGUGAACCGAUUUGCAGAAUGGAUACUCAGGAAUGAAAAGCAGAUAGAAAAUUGAUAAGCGU